CCUCAAUCCUAUAAAAUAACAGUGAAUGCAAUAUCAUUUUAAAACAAAAUUAACGUCAAAGUAAAACACGCUUUUUCAAAAGAAUACACAUCUGUCUUAAUGAAUACGUAUCAUAUUAUAAAAUUCUUCCCAUAAUAAUCCAAGUGAGUUGUUGAGGGUCGGGGGAACAUGGCGGCGUCCUUGAGCAGCAGUCCGUGUGCGAUGAUGUUGAGGUCUUUAGUGAAGUCCGGUACCGUAUGGAACAACUUGGGUGCUAGGGGCCUUCAUGUGACUGCUGUACAGUGCAAGAACCAUGCGGCUCGUAUCCGUGUGGGGAAAGGAGACAGAGGCGUGACCUACGAGCAGGCCCUGCACCCCCACCACAUCGGACACCGCAAAGGGUGGCUCUCCCAGCACCCCUGUAAUCUCAAAGGAGAGGAGGGUGCGGCCGACCGAGCAUUAGAAGACGUGUUCAUCAGACGCUUCAUGUUCGGAACGUUCCACGGUUGCCUUGCCAACGAGGUCGUCAUCAAGAGGCGGGGCAACCUGCUCAUUGUGUGCGCGCUGAUGCUGCAGAAACUCCCACCGCAGAAGUUCUACUUUCUGACGGGCUAUACGGAGUCAUUGCUAUCCCACUUCUACAAAUGUCCAGUUAAACUAGAGAUCCAGACGCUACAGAAACAGGCAGUGUACAAAUACUUGUGAAAGUGUAUUUUUUUUGUUUUGUUUGUGGUGUUUUUGCAGUAGUUAAUAAACUGAAUAUCUUGAUGUUUAAAUCUUUUGUUUGGCAUUUGACAGAAGUUUAAUUUUGCGACAUUACAUAAUCCCAUGCAGCGAUUCUAUACAUUAACCAAUGUUUACAACAUCAGGGGUGUUGAAAGAGAUGCUCCUAUUGAAAGAAACUAGACAUCACUUCCUGUGCGUCCAUAGGGUUUUAGUUUGGUCAAUGUGGAAGACUGUUAAACAUUAUACACCCCAUCACACAAUCUAUAUAAAGAUAGUUUUAAUGAGUUCAAGGGUAAUGAGAAGGUUGAUAAAGUAUUCUAGAAACAAACAUUCUAAACUAAACGUCAAUAAUUCAAAAGGUAUAGCAUUUUCAAUGUAUUCUUUCACAACUCACUCGUGUUUGAAUAAUGAACUAUAGACACAGUUACGUUAUUUAAUGUCAAUUCACAGUCCAGGCCUUUGAAGUGCUUCAGUACAUAAGGUAAAGAACGAUUAAAAUUACCUCAAUAGUAAAAAAAAAAGGUUACAUAAACAACAUGGAAAUUAUCAGCAAUAUGUGUCUAUCAUCUCUCUUAGGUAAA